AACUUGUGCGCUUUUUAUUCCAACCAACACGGAACUAUUCUCUCCACAUUUCUUUUCUUUUCUUCUUUACAAGAUAGAACGAAUAAUCUGUGACUUAAUAAUCCCUGCUUGACAUUGUGUGACAAAGAAAAUCAAUGGCUUCAACCAAAACUUUUGCUUUUGAUGAAGUUUCCAAACACAACAACAGAAAAGAUUGCUGGAUUAUGAUCCAUGGAAAGGUGUAUGAUGUGACCCCUUUUUUGGAUGAUCAUCCAGGUGGUGAUGAAUCUUUAAUUUCAUCAACAGGAAAGGAUGCUACUGUUGAUUUUGAAGAUGUAGGUCACAGUGACUCUGCAAUAGAUAUGAUGCACAAAUACUGUAUUGGGAUGGUUGACACGUCGAACAGCGCUCCGACUGAAGUUAAGCCCAAUCCGCCUACGCAAGCACGCAACGAUCGUGAUCAAUCAUCCGGAUUUGUUUCAAAGGCAUUGCAAUUUCUGUUGCCAUUAUUGAUAUUGGCCUUUGCAUUUGCUAUGCAGCAGUAUGGAAAAAAGAAACAAGUCAGCGACGCGUAAAAUAUGAACUUGAGGCAAACAUUGUUUUGUGUAUCAAUCGAAUUCCUUACUCUAGCCAACACCAUACUAGCUGAUCAUUUAGAUUCA